CAGCUGGCUGGCUUGUUUGCUUGUGGGAUUCAUUUCAUUUUCUUGAGAAUAAAAAGAAGAAAAUCUUGUUCAGUUUUUGAAUGUUUGUUUGAAGAUAUGCAAUGAAAUUCAUACCCGAAUUCGACGUUCAUUUCCAGGCAUGACAACCAAAUUUGAGCAUUCCAUAAUAAACAACACUCCCCACUUAUAUUAUCCAAAGCCAUCUCUCAUGGAUAGGUUUCUUGAAUCCCAAAAAAUUGAAUCUAUGAGAAAGAAGAUGCUGAUGCAGGAACAACUCUUCAAGCACCAGGUGCAAGAGCUGCAUAGGCUAUACAAUCAGCAGAGGACGGUGAUGCAAGAAAUCGAAAACGGGCUAAAACAGCAAAAGGAGACGAGAGACGUAGCUGAACCCGAGGGCACUCCAUCAUCGAGCACGCAUCGAUUUGAAGACGAUCAUGGGUUGAAAAGGAGAGAUGGUGGUGAUGAGGUGGAGGUGGAGCUAACGCUGAGCAUCGGGCAUUGCACGAGGAAACGAAGAUCAAAGAGCGCAGAGAUUCAAGGUUCCGACGUUGCUUCUUCGUCCUCCACCAGUGUGUAUCAAGAAACAAGGCGGCCGCAUUGGCUGCUGCAGGAUCUCAGCUUGAAUAGAACAUGAUCGAUCACUUUUUCUUUCUUUCUUAACUUACAAAUUAACAGAUGCUGAGAUUCAGUUGGUGUUUUUAGAUGAUGCAAUUAUUUGUACAAACUGUCUAACACUUAGUAAUUUAUGUCUAGUUUUAAAAAAAGUGUUAUGAUUAUUGGAUAAGCACUGCGUUUUCAUUUGGCAAAACUAAGAACAGAUUCCCACUGUAAUAAUCUAAUGGAAUAUAGAAUAGUUAUACAUUGAAA